UCUUCUCCUAAACGAAACCUUCUCCAAUCGACCCAAUUCUGUUUCUCGUUGUUGUUGUUCUUCGAGCUCUGCGAUUAUGGGAUCUUCUUCGGUGUUAGGCGAGCGAUUACAUUAUCCUGCGACUCGGCGUGAUGAUUCUGUCGUCGAUAACUAUCACGGCGUCAAGAUCGGAGAUCCGUACCGUUGGUUAGAGGAUCCUGAUGCUGAAGAAGUAAAGGAGUUUGUGGAGAACCAAGUGAAAUUGACAGAUUCUGUGCUUGAAAAGUGCGAAACCAAGGAGAAGCUCCGUCAGAAUAUAACGAAGCUUAUUGAUCAUCCGCGUUACGAUUCACCCUUCAGGCAAGGGGAUAAGUACUUUUACUUCCAUAACACCGGUCUACAGGCCCAAAGUGUGCUUUAUAUGCAGGAUAAUUUGGAUGCUGAGCCAGAGGUUUUGCUUGAUCCGAACACUCUUAGUGAUGAUGGAACUGUGGCCUUAAACACCUUUUCUGUCAGCGAGGAUGCUAAGUACUUGGCCUAUGGUCUUAGUUCAAGUGGUAGCGACUGGGUGACGAUUAAGCUGAUGAAUGUUGAGGAUAAGAAAGUGGAGCCUGAUAUUUUAUCAUGGGUUAAGUUUACCGGCAUUACAUGGACGCACGACAGUAAAGGAUUUUUCUAUGGUCGCUACCCAGCUCCCAAAGAAGGAGAAGAUAUUGAUGCUGGCACUGAGACUAAUUCUAACCUUUAUCAUGAGCUGUAUUACCAUUUCAUUGGGACGGAUCAAUCUCAAGAUAUCUUAUGCUGGAGAGAUCAUGAGAAUCCCAAAUAUAUGUUCGGAGCUGAAGUCACUGACGAUGGGAAGUAUCUGAUCAUGAGCAUUGGAGAGAGUUGUGACCCUGUCAACAAAUUAUACUACUGUGAUAUGACUUCAUUUUCUGGAGGUCUUGAGAGUUUCAGAGGAAGCAGCAGCUUUCUUCCAUUCAUAAAGCUUGUUGACACGUUUGACGCGCAAUAUAGUGUUAUCUCAAAUGAUGAGACUCUGUUUACUUUCUUAACAAAUAAAGAUGCCCCUAAGUACAAAUUAGUCCGGGUCGAUCUAAAGGAACCAAACAGUUGGACUGAUGUUGUUGAAGAACACGAGAAGGAUGUCUUAGCAUCAGCUUGUGCAGUCAAUGGGAAUCAUCUGGUCGCAUGCUACAUGAGCGAUGUUAAGCAUAUUCUGCAAAUUAGGGACUUGAAAUCUGGUUCAUUGCUUCACCAGUUACCUCUAGAAAUUGGUUCAGUAUCUGAUGUUUCUGCUCGGCGCAAGGACAAUACCUUUUUCUUUAGCUUUACUAGCUUCCUCACUCCUGGUGUGAUUUACAAGUGUGACUUAGCCAAUGAAUCUCCAGAAGUUAAGGUAUUCCGGGAGGUUACUGUACCCGGAUUUGACAGGGAAGCAUUUCAAGCCAUUCAGGUCUUCUAUCCCAGCAAGGAUGGAACAAAGAUACCUAUGUUUAUUGUGGCGAAAAAGGAUAUUAAGCUUGAUGGAUCACACCCAUGUUUGCUCUAUGCAUAUGGCGGGUUUAACAUAAGCAUAACACCGUCUUUCAGUGCCAGCCGCAUUGUGCUUAGCAAGCAUCUCGGUGUUGUUUUCUGCUUUGCAAAUAUUCGGGGUGGUGGGGAGUAUGGUGAGGAAUGGCACAAAGCAGGUUCACUUGCCAAAAAGCAGAACUGUUUCGAUGACUUCAUUUCUGGGGCAGAGUAUCUCGUGUCCGCUGGUUAUACACAACCGAGCAAGCUGUGUAUUGAAGGUGGCAGCAAUGGUGGACUCCUAAUCGGUGCUUGCAUAAAUCAGAGGCCAGACCUUUAUGGGUGUGCUUUGGCUCAUGUGGGCGUCAUGGACAUGCUACGGUUUCACAAGUUCACUAUAGGUCAUGCCUGGACAUCUGAUUAUGGUUGCUCCGAGAAUGAAGAGGAGUUUCAUUGGCUGAUAAAGUACUCGCCUCUGCACAAUGUGAAGAGGCCAUGGGAGCAACAAACCGAUCCAUUCGUUCAGUAUCCAUCAACCAUGCUACUGACUGCUGAUCACGAUGACAGAGUUGUGCCACUUCACUCUUUGAAGUUGCUCGCGACGUUGCAGCACGUGCUGUGCACAAGCUUAGAGAGUAGUCCUCAGACGAACCCCAUAAUUGGUCGUAUUGAAGUCAAGGCUGGCCAUGGUGCUGGUCGCCCAACCCAAAAGAUGAUUGAUGAAGCCGCUGAUCGGUAUUCGUUCAUGGCAAAGAUGGUGAAUGCUUCAUGGACGGAGUAAAAAAUUUACCUACAGGCACCAAAUAUCUUUUCUCAAUUGGUUGUGUCCAAAAAAGGACCUUGUAUGAGUUAGUGACAGUUACAUAUAAACACAAACUUGGGAC